CAGUAGGUGCCCUUGCAGCUUUGCGAUCCUUCUCGUCCCCCAACAUGCCAUUCAUUGAGUUGGAAACGAACUUGCCAGCUAGCCGCAUGCCCGCAGGGCUAGAGAAGCGGUUGUGUGCGGCCACCGCCGCCAUCCUGGACAAACCCGAAGACCGCGUGAGUGUUACAUUACGGCCUGGCAUGACUUUAUUGAUGAACGGAUCCACAGAGCCCUGUGUCCAUCUUCUGAUCUCUUCCAUCGGUGUUGUGGGCACUGCAGAGCAGAACCGCAGCCACAGCUCCCGCUUCUUCGAGUUCCUCACUAAGGAGCUGGUCCUGGACCAGGACCGGAUAAUUAUCCGCUUCAUCCCCUUGGAGCCCUGGCAGAUUGGAAAGAAAGGAACUGUCAUGACGUUUCUGUGAUUGAAACAAAGAAUCCAGGGCAUCUGCUGAGCCUGACCAGGGCCUUCCUAGAGAGGCCUCCUGGCAGAUACCUCUAUUACAUGCAUGUCUGUGGCUUCACUGCACAAUUUUUUGUCUACCCCAGCCUCAUGAAUAAAUAUGAAAUCAAGUAAAUGAAGAGGAUGUAGUCCCAAUAUGAA